AUGAUUAAGAUUCAGACUGGUGUGGAAGACAUAGAGAUGGCCCUUCCAUAUUCUCUCUUUAAGCUCCCUGCACAACCCCACUUCCACCCCGACAAGAAGAAAGGAACUAUCGUGAGCCAGGAGAAACUCGCCACACUGCAGGCACAAGUACGCACGGGUGGAAAAGGAACUGCUUGCAGAAAGAAGGUGGUUCACAGAAUAGCUACAGCAGAAGAGAAAAAAUCUUUAGUUCUCCUGAAAGAAUUAGGAGUCAACAAUAUCUCUCACACUGAAGAGGUGACUAUAUUUACAAAUCAAGGAACAGUGAGGCAUUAUCACAACUCUAAAGUUCAGGUGUCUCUGGCAGCCAGUACUUUCACCAUUACAGGCCAUGCUGAGGCAAAACUGCUGACAGAAAGCCUACCCAGCAUCUUAACCCAGCUUGGUACAGACAGUGGGACUAGUGUAAGGAGACUGGCAGAAGUUCUGUCUAAACUCUCUGGGGAUGGAAAAGCAUCACUUGCUACUGAAGAGACUGAUAAUGAAGUUCCAGAUCUUGUGGAUAAUUUUCAUGCAUUUCCAAGAAUGCAACAAUGUGAUUGGAAGUUGGCUUCUGAAGAAGACAGAACUCAAAGAAGUUACUGGGAGAUGCUACUUUACCGUAGCAUCUGCUACUAUUUAUAACUGCUUUUAAAAAUUUUGUUCAUGAACCUGAUAAAAUCUAGAUCCGAUAGUUUUAAGCCCAAGUCCCCUAGCCACUAGCAGCUCUUUUCAGUUUUUUGCUUGUCACAAUUCAUUCUUCACAGCUAAUUAAGCUGAAGAAGCCUGGGAAUAAAUUUUGAAACAGAGGUUAAUGAACUUCUUUGCCUAGUUAAAAAAACAACACAUAAUUGGGGGAGAAUUUAGCACACUAGAUAUUAAAACCUACCAUAACACAACCUUAAUGCAACAGCACUCAAUUGAAUAGAGUCUAUAAAUAGACCAAUGAAAAUAUGCUAAUUUGCUCUAUGAUUACAUUUCAAUAUAGGGAGAAAGACAAAACUAUUCAAUAAUUAUAUUGGGAUUAUUAAUAGCAACUUUUUUGAAAAAGUUGAUUCCUAUAUCUUUUUAUUUAACGAAUCA